AUGUUGUCUCUUUCAAAGCUAGCAUCCAACGGCGACCGGAAGGGACCGGAAGACCGUAUGCAAGCGCCCAUGGGACCAAACUCGGGUUGCCGGAAUACCGACAUACGAGCCUACCAACUCGAUCACGCCGAAUGGAUUUUGAAUGAAGUCAAUCGGAUCCAUGCGAACUUUGUUCAAACUAUUCUUCAAAUCAGAUCAGAGUCUGGGGAACAAAGUAAAUUGUGGCACAUGUUGGAAGCAGAGAAUCGUAUGAUAGUUUUUACCCAAUCCAUGGUGCACAAGGAGUCAGAAAAGAGGGAAGUCAUCGACUUUUUUGAGACAGAGUACAUCUGCCGGGUUGUGAUGAAACCAAUGAUAAAAUUUCAUCACCAGAGGAGACGUGGAUGUCGAUGA